UAUAAAUCACCAAUUAAAAUCUCUUGUAAAUUAUAACGACACCGUUCCAUUUAUCGAGCGAACUCUGUACACCCAUAUAUACACCGUGGAUUAUCAGUUUGGCGGGAGCUUUAAAUUUGGCGCAUAUGUAGAAGAUUGUCGCAUUCGCAACAUGAUCGGCUGCUAUAACACAAUCAAGUACACCGGACUCUUGUCCAAUUUGCUCUAUAUGCUGCUGGCCAUUGGCGUCAUGUUCGCAGCGGGUUUGAGCCUGCAAAUGGCUGAGCCGAAUACGCCAGAGCACACUUACUUUGUGGAGAGCAUUGUGCUGGGGGCAACCAUUUGCGUUAUAGUUAUAUUCGGCUGUUAUGGGCUGGUCUGUAAUCUGCUUAGCGUUAAUAUUAUAUUCACCUGCUUUAUACUGAUCGUGCUUGGUGUAGAGUAUUUGCAGCUGCACAACUAUCAUCCGCAUAUGCGUUACAGUGGAGUCUUGCAGCAGCUGGAUCUAUCGCAAGCCUGGCAUAACUUGGACAUACAUCCGCAGCGAAUGCAACAGUAUGAGCAACAGCAGCAGUGCUGCGGUUACAACAAUGUCAGAGACUACAAGAGAUUGCAAUUGCCCAUACCACAAAGCUGUUAUCAGCAGCCGGGUAAUGCGAAACUCUUCACACGCGGCUGCGAGGCGACACUGAUCCACCGCCAGAACAGCAUUCAGUAUCGCGAUAAGCUGUUUAUGUGGUGCAUUAUUGGCCUUGAGAUAUUCAUACUCGUGCAAACCAUUGUGGUCAGUGUGAUGCUUCACAAGCUGCGCCAGCGGCAGCGACACGCCCGGCAACAGGUGCCGCCAGGGGUGCGUCGCGAGCCGCGCGCCAAUCAUGUGGGCUCGCGGGCACACCUGCUGGAGGACGCCUGAGUAGAGACACAGGCUGUUCAUCACAUGCAAUAAAUCGUUUAUUGUACAAUCAAAUGCAGCAUAUAAAUCGUAGUUUUAGUAGGCAUA